UACUGAUUUAGUCAUGAUUUAGUUCAUUGAAGUGUCAAACGGUUCACUGGAGUUUUUUGUGUGUGUGUGUUUUGUUUAAAUUCUGUUUGUAUACUUGUUAUUUAGUAAAGCUUUACCAUGGAUUUCUUGAAACAAUUAAAAAAUAUCCCCUGGUUCAAACCCAGCUGGUUGCAUCUUAAUGUGACAGAGGAAACUAAAGAGUUUCUGAGUAAGUGUGCAGAUUUGCCUGUAGCAAGGCUUGAGGAAGAUUUGGAGGAAAUUAUUAAAAAGAGCAAAGCUUUCCCCAUAAAAUUCCCCAUAGACACAGUGAGAUUGCAACAGUUAAAACUACGGAGACCAAUUGAGAGAUUGAAAAGGAAUGUUGUUUCAACAUAUCCCAUAAUCCAUGAAAGAGUUUUGAUAUUAAUGAUACGCUUCCUCAUAUACAAAAAGGAAUUUGGUUCAAAUAUCGAAAAAGAUUUAUAUAAAGAUAUGACUGUACCGGAAUUCAUUGAAAGAAUUUUAACUAAACGUGCGAUCAGUUUCUAUGGGAUGAGGGAUAAAUAUCUACUGUUUUCAGGGGAAAAGGGAAUGAGCGGUUGGGAGUUAAUAGGUAGUUCAGAACAAAAAUCACCUCUUUUAUUAGAGAAUUGUCUGAGUUACGACGAACUGAAGAUCUCUGCUCUGGUGUACGUGAGCGGAUAUACCGACUGCAUCAACGACGGUACAAGAAAGAACUCCGGAGUUGUGAAGGAAGACAACAUUGAACAAAACGCUGUCAUGAUCGGUAUGAAAAUUAUAACUGCCUCUCGCUCGAUUGACGAACUGCAGUUCUCCACUCUGGUGUACGUGAGCGGAUAUACCGACUGCAUCAACGACAGCACGAGAAAGAACUCCGGCGUUGUAAAGGAAGACAACAUCGAACAAAACGCUGUCAUGAUCGGUUUGAUCGGCCCACGAUUGAAACGUCGCAGCAAAAUGGACUACCAAGAGAUCCUCGUGACUAAAGAGCAAAAUAUCGAAGACCAUGGAUACGGCGACGCGGCCAACAAACCGCACCAGCUGCCCAAACAGGCGUGGAGGAAAAUGUGGUGCGACUUCUAUGAGAUAGAUAAUGUUACAUAUGAUAUGGUGACGUCAAUCCUAAAAUACCAAAACAGAAAUGAAACGAGACCAUACAUACAAAGAUACCAUCACAAAAAAUCAAGUAAACUGAUAUUCGAUAACGAGGUGUACUACAAGAGGAUCAGUGUUCUGGCUGAGAGCACGCUGUUGGAGGCGGAGUACAGAGCGCUAGAGAGCGGGAAAUUGGCUUUUGUCAAUAUUGUAGGAUGUGGUCUCGGUGUAUGGAUGGUUCAGCCGCACCAAGUGGACGUGUAUGUGCUCACAUUCCUGGAAAGAAUCCACACUCUACUGCACAAUGACUUUCUAAACCAUGUUUCUGAUGUCAACUUCUCCUACAUCAAAGCGAGUCCUGAAGUCGAAGGAAUAUUUACGAAAGAUACGGCACAGAAGGAACCAGAAUUGAUAAAACUCUUCCUUGAGUACAAAGGACAUGUUAAGGGUGGCCUAAACGUGCAAAUGCAGAAAAGGGAGCCCUCCGCCAAGCUCACAGGCAAGCACGAGGGAAAGCUACUAGUCCUGACUUAUCCCUGGGACAGCAACGCGCAUCCCGGGAACGAGUUCUGGUGCGGUCUUCUAGCUUCAACAGGCGACUCUGCGGCCGCGAGCUCCACGCAAAUAACAGAAUUGCAUAAUGCAUACAUUAACCCUGCUGUUAGUGCGAACAAUGUGCGGGUAGUUGGACGACACGGUCUCAAAACACUAUCGGAGUACUGUCUCGCUCUAAUUGCAUUCAACUGGAAGAGAUAGAAUAAUAGUAUUGCAUAAUGCAUACAUUAAUCCUGUAGUUAAUGCGAAUAAUAUGCGGGUAGUUGCGCGACACGACAAAACACUAUCCGAGUAACUACUGUCUUGCUCUAACUACAUCAGAUGGAAAGAGAUAUACAUAUUGUUUACAAGAUAAAGUUGAAAACGAAAAACCGACUGCGAUCGUCUUAAUAAACGCUGAAAUAUUACCUAUAGUAAAAUACCUAUAGUAUAUUGUAAUAUAUUGUAGUACAUUUAUAUUUAUGA